AUGAACGGCUCCUCAUUUUCGCCCUUUGACAUUCUCCAAUAUCAAUUCCGUGUACUUAAUGUAGACUUCGGAGUGAUCGAACGACUUUCUUCGGAAUUUUCACAGAAUGGUUCUCAUGCUGACAACUGGAUUGAGGCCCACGAGUUCUCUGGUCACGAUGUAGAUUUCGGUCACGUUCGUUACACAGGAAAUAUUGUGCAAUCUGCCGAACCUUCGUCUACUGUAACUGAACGUAUCAUGCUGCACGUGGUAGACAGUAGUCUACGCGGGCAAGCAAAGCUAUUUCUUCAGAUCAACUUCAUUCGAAUUAACCUCAAAAUUGUUGCCAAUGGUCCGCUUUUAGUCUUUCGACAACCAAAGACUACUGUCUACGGGACGUCAAACAUGGGUGAUGGUUCAACUAGUGUUAUCACAAAAUGGAAUUUGUACACAACUGUGACUCCUUUUGAGGGACCGGAAAAUAUUUUCUACACAAUUUCCAAGAUGCCACGACACGGCCAUUUGUUUUUAAGGAAUAAUCCCCUAAAUAUCACAAGAAGAUAUCUCGGCGUUGGGUCUGUUUUCAGGCAAAGUGACAUCAACUCAGAAAGUCUAUUUUACACUUUCCGCCGCGUGCUUACUGACAAAGCUAUAAAGGAACGACACAUAACGCACGGACUAGUACACGUCAAAGAUUUUUUUCGUUUUUUCGUGCACGUUCGAUCCUAUCGAGAGCCAAGAGAAUAUAGCUUCUCAGUGGAGAUCAUAAGCAUCAUACCCAACUCCAUUAUUCAUAAAGCGCUUCAGAACCUGCCAAAAUCAGUCAAUCAAAUGGGUUUGGUUGAAGACAGAGGAGUACUGGAGCUAAAACAGAAGCUGUUUGGGGUUCUGGAUACACGUUGUUUGAACUUACGUGAGGAUUACGAACUUUUAGAUGAGACGGUUGUUUCUUUAAGACCCCCAACAUUUGAGUACCUCUUGCAAAUUGUGUCUCAACCGAAACAUGGGCAUCUACUCAUGAAACAUCAACUGAAACGAGCGCAUACGGAAGCAUACGACGAGACCGUUGCCAUGGAUACUGUAUUUUGCAGACAAUCUGUUCACACACUUCCCCUGAGCCUGAUAUCUGAAGGUCAACUCAUCUACGAAAACUUCAAUCCGCUCAAGUUGAAGGACGACUUUCAAUUUCGUAUUUUAUGUCAAAACACCCAAAGCCUGUUUGUCAAUGCGUCUGUAGACGUCUUACCUGAACGAUUAGAAUUACUACGACAAAUAACUGAAAAUAUUCCUUCGAUGGGCGAACCAGCUUUCGGAAUUUAUCAUCUACACGUAAAGCAUAACGAGAGAAGGUUAAAUCAACCGCAAAACUUCCAUCUUAAAGCCGUGCUGCUUCCAUCAGAUUUUGUAAAGGUACAAGUGCAAGAUAUGUUAGAUGAGAGAGAGGCCGCUUACCAGAUGUCUUUUUUGUUAGCCUGCCCGCCACAAGCGACACACGGUGGCUGUUCAACUGGAGUCUUUGAGAACACAAUUUCCGGCAAAUUACUCGCCUCCCUGCCUUUGGCCGACCUGAGCAAUGAAAAAAUUCACUUAAAACUCCUGUCUGCAGGGGAAGGUUGCAUAGACUGCCUUUUAACAAACGGAACCAACAUGAGGACCGUGACAAUAAACUUCAACCAGUCUAAGCCAAUGAUGUGGAUGAAGUAUCCGGAGUUUUUAACUGUUAAGCAAAGCGGCAUGGCGGAUAUUUUCUUUGAGUAG